UUCUUCCCGCUCGACAAGCCCAUCCCAUGGAUCAUGGCCAUAGUCAUGGGCUUGCAACACGCCAUCGCCAUGGUCGGAGGGAUCGUCACGCCGGCUCUGCUACUCUCUGGGUCCAACGAGCUGCGGCUGAGCAAGGAGGAGACGCGGUACCUGGUGUCUGCUGGACUGAUCGUCUCAGGCAUCGCGUCCCUGAUCCAGGUGCACCAGCUCAAGGUCGGGAGGACAGGGCUGGUGGUGGGGACGGGGCUGAUCUCGGUUGCGGGAACUUCCUUCACCUUCCUCCCCAUCGCCAGGUCGACGGCAGCCUACAUGAUGCAAGAGGACUCGCCGCGAGCGUCGAGCCAUGGUGAGCGAACUGAAUUCUCCGUAGGGACGUGCAUGGUCUGCUCCCUCCUGGAGGUCUUUAUAAGCAUCGUCCCACAGAAAUUCCUCCGAAAGCUCUUCCCCCAGCACGUUGCCGGCGUCUGCGUCCUCCUCAUCGGUGUUGGCCUCACAGGGACGGGCAUCAAGUACUGGGGAGGAGGAGCUUUCUGCGCAGAGCACUUCGCCAAGAGGAAGGUGGACUAUCCUUCCUCCUCUCCCUGCUUCCCUCCCGAUGGCCGGGGACCACGCAACGGUCAAGUCAAACUCGCCUACGGCUCGAAGGAGUACGUGACCCUCGGGAUGCUGGUGUUUGCUAUCUUAGUGUUGACGGAGAUUUUCGGCUCUCCUUUCAUCAGGAACUGUCAGGUGGCGUUCGCUCUCAUGGUUGGAUUCUCCAUCGCUGGACUUUCGAGGCAACUUCGAUUUGUCAAUCUCGACGGCGUCUCGUCAGCUCCGCCCUUCACCUUCCUCUUCAGCAAGGUCUUCCCCAUCUCCAUCUACCUGCCCUCCAUCUUCCCCCUCCUCAUCUGCUUCGUUAUCACCUCCGUGGAGUCCAUCGGAGACAUCUCAGCCUCCGCCGAGGCGUCCCAAGUCGAGACCCAAGGCCCUGUCUUCGAGCGAAGGCUGCAGGGGGGGCUGCUAGCGGACGGGCUGAGCAGCCUGCUCGCGUGCUUGCUCACUUCGAUGCCGACCACCACCAUGUCGCAGAACAACGGAGUGAUAGCCAUGUCGCGCUGCGCAAGUAGGAGAGCAGGCUAUGCGUGUGGAGUCUGCCUGAUCCUGAUGGGGUCGUUCUCCAAGCUUGCCGCCCUCGUCCUCGCCAUCCCUGACUGCGUUCUCGGCGGCAUGACAACGUUUCUCUUCUCCAACAUCAUUCUCUCUGGAAUCAAACUUAUCGGUGCUGCUCUCGUCGAUCGUCGCACGCGGUUCGUCGUCGCCAUCGCUGUGGGGGUUGGCGUCGGCGUUGCCAUCAGCCCAGCCUGGGCGACCAACGCUCUAUGGGUGAGAGAAGAGGUGAGGGCGAGGAGGAACAGCGAUGACGCUCCAACUUGGCAGCUGCUGCGAGACACAACAAUCCUCGUAAUCUCCAGCCCCUACUGCAUCGGGACCAGCAUCGCGCUCCUCCUCAACCUCCUCCUCCCUCGGGAC